AUGUUAGAGUAUCAGUCUAUCUUACCUAGCCGCGUCGAGGGCACUUGUGAAUGGGUGCUCACUAAUCCACAAUAUGUCCGUUGGCUAUCAACAGAAAAAGAGGCAUGUAUUUUGUGGGUUAGUGGGCAUUCGGGCAGUGGUAAGACUAUCUUGUCAGCAUUUUUACUCGAACAUCUUGGAUCCAGCAUCUCUUCCACGGGUACCAAGUUGAUUGUUUGCUGCUUUUUCUGUGAUGAAAAAAUUGAAGCGCAAAGAGAUGCGAAAGCCAUUAUUCGUAGCCUCAUAUAUCAAAUUAUUGUACGACGACGUGUCUUGAUAAAACAUGUGAAGGCGGCUUAUGAUAUGCAAGGAGCUCAUUUGACAGAUAACUUCAACGAACUCUGGAGAAUAUUUACGGCUAUAACAAAUGAUCGAAAAGUCGGCCAUUUAAACGUCAUUAUUGAUGCUAUCGAUGAAUGCGAAGAUAAUACAAGAGAUCGCUUCCGACCUCUGUUGUGGCGAAAAUAUACAUUGGCGCGCGAAAGCACCGAGCACACUCUAUCAAUUGAGAACCUCAACUCGAACAACGAAAGCGAUCUUCAUUUAGUCAUACGGACAAGACUUGAUGCCAUAGUAAGAAGGACGCAGUGCCGCCCUGAAACAAGGGAGUUUCUGGAACAUGCUUUAUAUUCGCGAGCCGACCAAACAUUCCUCUGGGUGACUGUAAUUCUCCAUAUUCUAGAGAGAACAUACCUUACCUCCCAAAAUGACUUUCAGCGAAUCAUUAACAAACUCCCAAAGGGAUUAACAGCUACUUACGAGCGCUUUCUACUGACUAUUCACUCGGAUUAUCAGAACAUAGCAAAUAAGCUACUGCAUUUUAUUGUUGGUAGCAUGCGCUCACUUUCGCUAGACGAACUUCGAAUCUUACUGGCUAUCCAGCCCCACCAUAGAAAUAUGGAGCAAGUCGAGGAGGAGUGCCAGCAAAAUAUUAGCGAAACUAUCCAGGGCAUACUAGGUCCAUUGGUACGAAUAUCUGAUGAUAUAGUAUCCCUCGUGCACCAAUCUGCCAAGGAAUUCUUGCAAAACCUUUGGACUUGGAAGAAUAAUCCUGUAUCUCAAGUGUUCGGCGUUGAAUUCGAGAAAGCCAACUUUUUAUUGACUGAAGCAACGAUGUCAUAUCUUCUAUUGGAGGAUUUUGCUGUCGAUAAAUUCGCGUAUGCGACUGAUAAUCACUUGCCUGAGAUUGUACAAUCUGAGGACAAGGAUGCUUUCUGGGACGCAUUCGAACUCGAGGAAGAUAUCACUCUCCAAGAAAUUGAACACACAAGCUAUCACACAUACCAAGAUAUCGCUGCUGCUCAUACUCUUUUCGAUUACUCUUCUCGAUAUUGGUCAGAACACUAUUCGAGAUCAGGAUCAGCAAAGACAAGUGCUUCUAAGUCUGCCUUCAGUCUGCUGAACAUGAGUCAGAAUUUUCCUAAGAAUUGGUUUCGUUACUUUUGGUUUUUCGCAGAACCAGGUUAUUUGUACCCUUCCAACUUUGAUACAUUGAUUGCCGCAUGCUACUUUGGUCACGUCGAAAUACUGGGUGCGUCAUUAGCAAGAAAUUAUAAGCACGAUCAGACUAUCACAGAGACUGCUUUGUAUUGA